UGUUUCUCAGAAGAACGAGCAAAAUUUUAUGCUGCUGAAAUUGCCACUGUAUUGAUUCAUAUUCAUUCAUUAGGAAUUAUCUAUAGAGAUUUAAAGCCAGAAAAUAUAUUACUAGACAAUACAGGAAAUAUUGUUAUCACUGAUUUUGGAUUAAGUAAACAAUUAGCUGCUGGGGAAGAAACACAAACAUUUUGUGGAACACCUGAUUAUUUAGCUCCAGAAAUUUUAAAAGGUGUUGGUCAUGGACCAGGAGUUGAUUGGUGGAGUUUAGGAAUUUUAAUUUAUGAAAUGAUUGUUGGUAUUCCACCAUUUUAUGAUGAUGACGUAUCAUUAAUGUAUCAAAAAAUAUUAAAGUCACAACCUCAUUUCCCUCGUAAUAUCUCUUAUGAUGCAAAAUCUGUUAUUAUGGGUUUAUUAGAAAAAGACCCAGCAGAACGUCUUGGAGGAGAAGAUGUUAUUCACAUGGCUUGGUUUGAUAAUAUUGAUUUUGAAAAAUUAAAAAGAAAAGAAUUAACUCCACCAUGGAUUCCUCCAGUAAAAAGUCAAACUGAAACGAGUCAAAUUGAUGAUGAAUUUGUUCAAGAGGCUGCUGUUGAUACUCCACCUUCUGAAGAACAAGAACAAAAUAAAGAUAAUACAUUUGAAGGUUUUACAUUUGUACAAACCAAUGCUAUGGAUGAACAACAAUAA